UCGCACCGGGGUUGUAGAUCGCCGUAGGAAGAAGUUUCGGUCCUCUCACCGCUCUUCAAAGGAAAAGAAUAGUGCAGCUGAUAAUUCUAGGCGAUUAACCGAUUAUUUCCUUGCCCAGGAUGGCACAGAGGCUCCACCAAGACCCAGGAACUUCAAUGUUGGUUUGGAUGACAUGACUAACGUCCCUAAGAUUCGUAUUCCACGUUUGCGUGAUCUCUUAUCCCGUCCAUUGGGUUGUCUCACUGGUCACCCCUUGCAAGCAUUUAAUGAAUUGUUCGACCAGUUUGACCAAACCUUAUCUGAGAACACUUGUGCCAUCCAAGCUUCUCUAUGCAACAUUGCUAGAGCUCCUUAUCGUCUAGCUGAAAAGUGCGGACCGGUAAUAGAGGAGCUUAUUGCUGCCCAGAGGUCGGCUUCUGAUCAUAACAAUAUUGGGGAGACUUCACGGAGGAACAACUCAGGCACCGAAGAGGACUUUGUCGAUCCUCACAACGAUCAACUAUUCGAGCAUGGAAACGGCGGUGUUUUCAGGACCCCAAGUUCUUGCUACAGAGAUGACGUAUUAAGGGAUGGCAACGGCCAAAACUCAUACACCACAGAUCCCGCCACAUCUAAAACUGGUGGCACUACACCUUGCACUAAACCUCAUCAAGAAGCUUGCAGGGAUGACCAUGCACGUACUACUACUUGCUCAGAUCAUAUACCCCCCUCUUCCCCUCUUCUAGUUUGCCUGACAGAAACCAUGAUAUGA